CCUGUAAGGUAUCGUUCGGAAUCCUCCCCUGCGUGCUCUUUCCGAAAAUUGGAACGUUCCCAGCGUGUGAUAGCAAGCCUUGGCCUCCGACGACUCCGAGGAGAUUCGCAUUUUCGACCAACCGACCAAAGCCAUGGAUUCCUCGACGCCGGGCAGCCCGAGGCCCCCUCAGGAGCAAACUAGUGAGCUCGAAAUCAUGAUCGCGUGUAAGUUCCCGUCUAUGAAAACUCUUGCAUGUGCCAUGAUUGGAACAAGCGUCUGCUGGACAAUUCCCUCGGAGUUCCGAUGCGCUGCCACUACUUGCGUCCCUUCAUCUCCAGUGACCCAGAAGGAAAACAACUACUACCGGAGACUCCAAGAUAAGUACAAGAUUGUCGUCGAACAGUGUAGAACCUGCUGGAAAAUUGGAAAGCACCCUACUCAAAAGUGCGUCCACGACAAACCGCUUUGCCCGAGGUGUGGAAGCGACGAAAGUCACGCUCGCGAGGCGUGUUUCGUCAUGUGUUUUCGCUGUGGAGAGAUCGGGUCGGAAGCUUUCCAUGAAUCAUGUCCGCGACGACGAAGCGAAAUUGUGAAGCUGGCACUCAUGAGGAAGUACAACUUUGACAUGAAAACUGCUCGCGACGUUGCUCGAGGAAAACUCACCCUCGCCGAGGCCCGAUAACGAUCUACCUAAGAGAAGGUAAUCGCGUGUGAUCUAAUAAUUUGUGCUCCGGGUCAGGAUAUAGAGAUAGGCUGAUAGCUUCCGGAAAAGCAAUAUUUGGUUGAUGUUCAUUAUGCUUGAGCAAUAAAGCUGCAUUGAUACAGA